AUGCGCUCUAAAAUACUUGAUGAUGCCGAACUCGAACGACUACGACGUGAGGCUACUCCCUCAUCAAAUGAAUCGGCUAUGGCUGGGGAUGCGGCCCCUCAGGUGGCAGACCAGCAUCCACACAUGGAAGCCGCCAUGGAUUUUCCAGUUGUGGUUGAUUCGGACGAUGAUGAAAUAGUCUCCCACGAACUAGAGCAAAUGAGGAGCGUAUUGAAAGAGGCGAUUUUAGAAAUACACAGCAUGCCUCUCGAAAAUCGACCGCGACUUCCCCGCGUACCCCUAAGCAAGCGAAAUGAAAGUGAGGGCUCUUAA